AGGCUCUGUCCUUAGAACCGUCACAAUGGGUGCCAUUCCUGAAGCCGAUCCCGAUGAGCCCCAGGAGACCAAGCCCUUCAAGUUCGUGACAGGUGAGCUCUCCGGCUAUGACGCUCGCUUCCCCCAGCAGAACCAGACCAAGCACUGCUGGCAGAACUACGUCGACUACUACAAGUGUGUCAACGCCAAGGGCGAGGACUUCCGCCCAUGCCGUCAGUUCUACCACGCUUUCCGCUCCCUCUGCCCCAAGGCCUGGACUGACCGGUGGGAUACCCAGCGCGAGGCUGGAAACUUCCCCGCUCGCCUGGAGUAGAAUGCUAGAAAGCUAAACAAAUCCAUGUUUAAAGUUCUUUAUGUGCUUUUGUUUUAUUUUGGUCAAACAAAUGUACUCUACUACCCUGAUUCGGAGCCCAACCCCUCCCGAAUUGAACAAACCAAGCGGG